AUUACAAGAAAGUCAGAGAAAUCAAAUCUUUCUCUGCACACAAUUUUUAUGUUAGAACUCAAACUGACAAACAAGAUCUUUAAAAGAAACAUAAAACAAACAAAAACGGGUGUUCCUAGAACAAUAUAUACACAUAAUUAAUAAGAAGAAGAGACGGUUACUAUUAGUUAGCUAACAGGGAAUGAUAGAUCUCCAGAAUGUUUAAUAAACCCUAGCAUUUUUUCAUUAUAUAAUCUUUGAUGAAGAAGCGUGUUAGACGUCAGAGGAUUCUAAUCCUCUCAUUACUAUCCGUCUCUAUAUUUGUUCCAGUUAUUCUUUUCUCCAUAUUCACUUCUUCUCAUGUGCACAAAGGGUUGGUUGAGGAUUUAACUACCAUUAAAUACAAAACAGAAACACUACAAAUGAUGAAUUCAAUCGAACAGGAAAUAGAAAAAGAGUUGAAAGAGCCUACAUUAGCUUUAUACAAAAAUGAGACUUUUGUUAGUGAUGAAAACGUCAAGUCGCUUGAAAUAAACGAGACGUUUGGCAAUGCAAGAGGGACUGAUGGUGGGGAACUGGAUAAAAAUCAAACUAGAGUACAGAGUGUACCCUUUUGGCCUUAUGGAAAGGGGAAUUCUAGGAAGUUAAUUGCUGGAGAAAGAGAUGUCCAGUCCCGGACUCUGGGAGCAAGGGACGAGAAGGUGAGAGAGAUAAAAGAUCAGGUGAUCAUGGCGAAGGCAUACUUGAAAUUCUCAUCACAAGACAAAAAUUCACAAUUAACCAAAGAGCUGAAGACACGAAUUAGAGAGCUAGACCGAGCUGUGGGUGAAGCUUUGAAGGAUUCAGACUUGUCAAGGAGUGCUUUGCAGAAAAUGAAAUCCAUGGAAGCUACCCUGUAUAAGGCCGGCAAGACUUACACUGACUGCCCUGCCAUGGCAACAAAAUUUCGGGCAAUGACUUACAACACUGAAGAAGAGCUCCGAGCUUUGAGGAAUCAGGCCAAUUAUCUCGUUGAGCUUGCUGCAAGGACUACGCCAAAGGGUCUUCACUGCCUCUCUUUGCAGCUUGUAGUUGAUUACUUUGAACUGCAGCCCGAGGAGCGUGAAUUCCCAAACCAACAAAAGUUGCAUGACCCAGAUCUCUAUCACUAUGUUCUCUUUUCUGACAACAUCCUUGCCUCUGCAGCUGUAGUCAAUUCCACUGUCUCGACUUCUUCUGAACCUGGGAAGAUGGUCUUCCAUUUGGUGACUGACGAACUCAACUUCCUAUCGAUGAGAAUGUGGUUCUUGCUAAACCCACCUGGCCAAGCUACCAUUGAGAUUGAAAGCAUUGCCAAUAUUGACUCUCUCCCUUCAAAGUCGGUGUUGAAGAAGAAAUAUUCCCUCGACCCCAGAUACUUUUCUCCAUUAAAUCACCUUCGCUUCUAUUUACCAGAGAUCUUUCCUGCAUUGAACAAAGUUGUGUUCCUUGACCAUGAUGUAGUGGUGCAGAGGGAUCUCAGGGGAUUAUGGGAUGUAAACAUGAAGGGUAUGGUGAAUGGAGCUGUGGAGAGUUGUCAGAAAGAUUAUUUUUCUUACCGUAGGAUGGAUAUGUUAAUCAAUUUCAGAGAUCCAUUUAUUGCCAAGAGCUUUGAUGUCAAGUCAUGCACCUGGGCAUUUGGCAUGAACGUGUUUGAUCUGCGAGAGUGGAGGAGACAAAAUUUGACUGCCACCUAUCAUCAAUACUUGAAAUUGGGAGAGGAAAAGCGGUUGUGGAAGGAUAGGAGUUUACCAUUAGGGCUACUUACAUUUUAUAACCAAACGAUGGCUCUAGACCAGAGAUGGCACCUUCUCGGUCUUGGUUAUGAAUCAGGUGUUGGACGAUCUGAGAUUGAACGAGCAGCUGUUAUUCACUAUGAUGGACAUAUGAAACCAUGGCUCGAAAUUGGAAUUGCGAAGUAUAAAUCCUACUGGAACAAAUAUAUUAAGUACGAUCAUCCACACUUGGAAAAAUGCAACAUUCAUGCGUAGUUAUAACCCAACACAUUUUUUCCUUUUUGAGCAACACUAACUAUCCCCCUCUAAAACUAACAGAUUCAUUUUUGAACCAAAUGGAUAGCAACACAUUCAUUUUUUUCCUCUUCUCUUAGCUGCAUAAUGUAAAGUACAAUUUUCCUUUUUGCGGCCAUAACUA